AUGGCAUUACCUAACUGUGAAACAGUCAAAGUCCGCCUACAAAAUCCCGAUUUAUCCUCGAGAUAUCAUUCAGUAUCGCAUGCAUUCACGACCAUCAUCAGAGAGGAGCGUUUCAGUGGCUUGUACAAGGGCAUUGCUUCACCUCUGGCAACAUGCGCGUUUAUGAACGGUCUCAUAUUCGCGUCCUACAAGUUUUUCCUUAAGGCACAAAUGGUGGAUGGUUCUACUCCCUCGCUCACCGAAGUUGCAAUUGCUGGCAGUUGCUGUGGCGUUGCCAUGUCAUUUUUUGCUACACCUAUCGAACUGAUUAAAAUCAGGCAGCAAAACAUGUUAGAGAGCGGAUUAGGAAGCGUCUCAGUCAGCAAACUUAUAUACACUAUUCAUCGGGAACACGGUCUCAAGGGGUUAUUUCGUGACUCAAGCCAAGGAUCCAUACCCCUUUGGGUGCUGUUUGUCAGUGGAGGGGUGGCAGGUGUCGUUGGUUGGCUUCCGACAUUUCCGAUGGACGUUGUGAAGACGCGCAUGCAGAGUACCGAGACUCCAGGAGCUCGAAGCAUAGUGCGGUCAGGAGUGCCCACAGGCGAUAACCCAUAUCGCACAACCAUAUCAACGAUCCAACAUUCAUAUCGCACAGGUGGGGUUGCAGGCUUCUUUCGCGGACUGAGCCCGACUAUGCUGCGGGCGAUUCCAGUCAACAUGGCUACAUUUGCAGUAUACGAAACUGUUGUAGGAAUACUCUCGUCAUGA